GUUGUGUCCUGUUCCUAAGGGACUAAAGGCCGGAGCUGGUUUGAUGUUUGUUACAGGGGAGCUGUUUCCUUCCAGUGCCUCUAAUCGUGUGGGGGUGUGAUGGGGCCGGGCCUUUAAGGGACUGGGAACUCGGCCAGGGGCGUGUCGUCGUGAGGUUUGAGGCUUGCGUGAGCAUUGGCUCAAACUCUUUUAAAUGGCUGGAGACUUGGGCUGCUUGUUGCUAAGUCCAGAGUAGAUUUGCAUACACGCCGGUGCUGAGGGUGUCUGCCCCCCACCCUUCUUUGUCGUUCAGAUCUGGGGGUCCAGGAGAAGAGCGGGGGGACCGAGAACGAGUUCACUAGGAAGAGCAGGUUUGCACGCUCUCUCGGAGCAAAGCGCUUGUUCUGUGGCGCCGAAGAACGUGGCUGCGGCUUUUCGACAUUGCGCAGCGAAGAGAAACAAGCAAAAGAACUAAGUCCCCUCUCUAGGCAGCUGGCUGUGAACGUGGAUACAAGGAUUGGAAGGAGCCAGCCAAGCAAGUGGCGCCCUGGGGGCGGCCAGGAAAAAGCAGCUUGGCUUCAGGCUGCUGCCAGAAAAACAUUGCCUUCUUCCUAGGACCGGUCGCGCCCUGGCACGCUGCUGAGCCGGGUCUGCCCGUCAGUCUCUGCGCAACCGGCUGUCACUGACGCGGGUUGAGCGUUCAAGCCUCUUUUGGAUUUGCUGGGCACUCCUGGACCAAAGGCUGCGGCCGAGGGGCCUGCCUGGCUGUAAGGUCACCGUGAAGGCUGAAAAUGGAUCCGUGGAGAAGCCGGCCAGGAGGGGAAAAUCAGCAACUCCCAAGUAGUAUGAAACCAGUUGUCUGUAGCUCUGACAGGGACCCGAAAGGGUCACGCCGGUCACCUUCUGGGGUGGACGUUUUCCUGCUUUAACUGUUGGGUGAGCUGGGUAUUAGUAUUGGGGACCAGUCGUGCUUUCCAGCCACACCUUUCAAAGUAGGUCAUUGUCCUCGUGUGACGGGGGAAACUGAGGCAGAGGGGAAACGAUUUGCUGGAGGUUAACUGGCAAACCUGGGACUUGAACCCUUGUAUGCUGAAGCUCUGUCUGCCUAGGUGAUGCUGCCUUCCUAGGGUCUGUGAGCUUACAAACACCUGGAGCUAGCAAGGCAUGCUGGGUAUUAUCAGGUGGGGCUCUCGUUCUCCCAGUGGGCUAAAGCACGUGUCCCUGGCUCUACUGCUUCUUGAAAACGGUCGCGUGGGAAAGACUCUGACAGGCGCUGACUUGGCAGACUGGAACACGCUUUCAGGUGCGUGAAACUCGUCCAAGUGCCAGUCCGGAAGCAGGGCUCAGAAUGAAGCGUUGAUUCUCGACAGGCAGGUGAAUUGCGAAAUGAAAGGGGACACCCGAACUCAGCGCAGAACCCCCACGGGGGGGAGUUUCCACGUGAAUACUCGACGGGGCAGGGCGCACUGGGCUACGUGCAAAAGUGCUCUAAGUAGUGUCGGCGUAGGAUGAAAAGCUGCCUGCUAAGCAUGGAGACCCGGCAGAACGGCCAGGGUUAACCUGCCAGCUCAAGGCAAAUUAACCCUGGCACCAAAGUCUUGGACCGCGCCCUCUGAUGAAAUGUGACUUUUCCCUCAGCGGAUGUCAGGGGAAAGGCAGCUUUGUUUUUCCUUUGCCCUGCUCUGGCGAGUUGCGACUCACUUAAGGUGCCGAUACAAUUCACUGUUUCACAACGUGCGUUGUCCUGGGUUCUUCCCUCUUCUGCAAGACCCCCGGACAGUCAGACUCAUCAGAGACAAUGCAGUGAGCCUCGCGGCUUCCCGAGCAAGGUUUGGGAGCCUGGGACGAACUCAAAGCCCGUGGACUUUGAGACACCCAAAGGAAACGGGUUGCUGCCAUGCGCAGCGACUUUACGCUGAGCCGGUUGAAUUGCGUGGGAGGGAUGAGGUCAGGGAUUUUUUAACCCAUGCUCUGUGGGUCCCUGCUUCUCUUCUUCAUCUCCCUCUGUUCAUGGUCACGCCAGUGUCCUGCCUCCGUUUUGCACCAUCGUCCCUGACCCACGGGGCCUGCCUGGGAAGGGGCGAGAGAUCGUAAAGCAGGGAGUCUCUUCCUGGCUUGGCUCCACUUAAGAAAAGAAAUCAGGACAUCCAGGCAAAAUAAAACCCUGCCAGGACGCUGUUUGCAGCUGGUCGCCUGCCUGCACAGCUGGUAGGGGGUAGCCGAGCAGUGCCCUGAUGACGUAAUGAGGCCCCGGCCUGACAGAGCCCGGCUGUUGUCCUUGUUCUGCCUGUUGAGUUUCUGGAGCUCAGACCUGCCUCUACCUGGGCAUGUUGGGGAAACUGAGUCUGAUGAAGCACAUGUGGAGGGUGACACCAUUCUUCUAUGGGUCUGGCCAGAAGCGGCCACUAAGUGUGACUCUUAGAGCUAACGUACCACUUGGGUGGAAGUUUCCCCUUGCCUGGCCUUCCCCAGUGGAUUACACACUAGUGACUGGGUCGUGUGACUGAUGACACCCAGCUGGUUGUGGAAUUCUUUGCCAGCGUUAGUUAUAAAGUAGCGCCGAGGAGAAUUCCUAAGGCAGCCCGUGUCCCAAGGAACAUACACUCUAAGCAGGAAAGAUGAAAGGUUCUAAUCCCGCUUUUACAGAUGGAGAAAUUGAGGCAUGAAGACACUAAGUGACUUGCUCAAGACCACAGAGGCAAUCGGUGGCAGAAUCAGGUGUUGAAUCCAGAUCUUCCGAAUCCCAACGUGAUUCCUUAAAUGGGAGACCAUCCUUCCCUAUGCACUGUGGAGUUAGCGUGACCUAGAGAGCGGUUGUUUAGAUUAUAGGACCCAGAGGUCUCGCUGUUUGGCAUAGUCAGACUUUGGGGUUUAGCUAGGACGCGCUCAGAAUGAAACCUGCAUCCCAAUUUCUUGCAAUCGGUUUAAAGAUCACCUCGGGUUAUUAGACACUUAAUUUAGGCUGUUUACUCCUUACGCCAAGCUUGGCCUGCAGUGACUGUCGCGGGGAGACUCUGGCGAACCCCGACACAGCACAAUGCUGCUUGCGUUUGGGGUCUCAGUUUGGCUGAAGCAGAUUUCUCGGAACUCAAGUGGAGUCGUGAAUUUGAAAUGGCUCUUUGCACCCUGUGCCCAGCAGGGCUGCAACUUACUCACCCAAGCCCCGUCAGGAAGUACCCGGGAGGUUAUAAAUGGAGGAUUGACGACUGCCAGCCGCCUCUGGGGAUCUGCCCCGCCAAGAGGUUCUCCCCCUCCAAACGGAAGCAGCACUAUAUCAACCAGGCCAUCCGCAACUCCGACCUCAUCCCGAAGGCCAAGGGGCGCAAGAGCCUGCAGAGACUGGAGAACACUCGCUACCUGAUGACCCUGCUGGAGCGGGACGAAUGUGGGAAUGACGAGGGGGAGCUCGCUCACCCGGCCGCCCCGAGCAUCUUCACGGAGGCCGGAGAUAGCUUGUGGGGUGGCCUCCCUUUGCAGAUCUGGAACGACUUCAUGAACCGGUCUGGGGAGGAGCAGGAGAGAGUCCUGCUCUUCCUAGAGGAGGAGGCCAAGAAGAAGCACAAGAGGAAGCUCCCUGUUAAAGCAGAGGACAAGCGGAAAGAGCAUCCCGCUUACACGCCGAAGGAAUGUUUCCAGCGCAUCAGCCGCCGGCUGCGCACCACCCUGCGGAGCAGCUGUCAGGUCGGGACCCUGGAGUGUCUGGAGGAGGAGUUACUGGCCUUUUUCUCUGUCACCCCUCAGUCCGUCUACACCGCCCUGAAGGACAAUAGGUCGGGGGAGGGGGCCGUGCCCUGCCCGGCCCUGGGGCCCUGCGGGCACCUCCCCAGCUGCCAGUGGCACAACAUGGACAUGACUCCAGCUUGC